UUGAGACAGUUGUGCAUCAAGGAGCAGAACAAAAGGCAAAGCACCAGCAAGCAGUGUGAAACCAAAAAAAAAGCAUUUGGUGUCGUCUCUGAAAUGCUUAUCUCUCUCAUUCGCUCCCUUCAACCGCCACCUGUUCAAUGUAGUAAAGACACACAUAUAUAUGUGCAUUUACUUAUAUUUAUACACAGAGAGAAAGAUCAAGUGCAAAUCUCUUUUUUAUUUUAAAUUUCAGGAGAAAGGAAGAAAAGGAGCAAAGAGAAUUCAAACCUAUGAAGAAGAAGUCGGUGGCGGCGAUGGCUAUGGCGGCGACCGCCGGAAUGUCUGUGAGAAACGUGCUGUGGUUGUGGUGGAAGUUGUUGGUUCUGGUUUCUCUUACUAUUUGUGUGUUGGCUUUUCUCAAGCUCCAAAACUACUCUCUUUCCGAUUCGGAAUUUUCUUCUUCUACUUCUUCAAUUUCUAGUAGAUCUCGAGCUGUUGAUUAUACUGGCAAUCCCAAAGUUGCUUUCCUCUUUCUAGUGCGUAGGAAUUUGCCUCUCGAUUUCCUUUGGGGAAAUUUCUUUGAGAAUGCUGACACUGGUAAUUUUUCCAUAUAUGUACAUUCGGAGCCUGGUUUUGUUUUUGAUGAGUCUACAACAAGAUCGACUUUCUUUUAUAAUCGCCAAUUGACAAAUAGCAUCAAGGUAGCUUGGGGAGAAUCAAGUAUGAUCCAAGCAGAGAAAUUAUUACUUGGCACAGCGCUUGAUGAUCCAGCAAAUCAAAGAUUUGUUCUCUUGUCGGACAGCUGUGUCCCACUGUACAACUUUAGCUUCAUAUACAACUACUUGAUGGCUUCUCCAAGGAGCUUUGUGGACAGUUUUCUUGAUAAAAAGGAUGUCCGCUACAACCCAAGGAUGUCACCCUAUAUACCAAUGAGCAAAUGGCGAAAAGGGUCACAGUGGAUCACUUUAAUAAGGAAGCAUGCAGAAGUGGUGGCAGAUGAUGAUGCUGUGUUUCCAGUCUUCAAGAUGUUCUGCAAGAGACGUCCACCGCUGGAAGCCAGUAAGGGAAAAAAGAAUAUAAAACUUCAAAAGCAGCACAACUGCAUUCCAGAUGAACACUAUGUGCAGACAUUGUUGGCGAUACAUGGGUUUGAAGGAGAACUUGAACGUAGAACGAUAACCUAUACAGAGUGGAAUGAAUCUGUGACAAAUAUGGAGAAAAAGGGUUGGCAUCCCAUAACAUUUAGCUAUGCAAAUGCUGGGCCUGUACAGAUCAAGAGAAUAAAGGAUAUCCGCAAUGUUUACUAUGAAAGCGAGUACAGGACAGAGUGGUGUCGGAAUAAUUCUACGCUAGCCCCCUGUUUUCUGAUUGCAAGGAAAUUCUCACGAGGGGCUGCAAUGCGCCUCUUGAGUGAAGGAAUAGUUUCUCCAUUCGACGCCUCCUCUAUAAUGAAUUUGACACCAUGAUAU